UUUUGUAUCGAAAAUCGAAAUCAAACAUUUGAGGAUAAACCAGAAAUCACAAACAACACUCCCAAAAGAACGGAUAAGUAAAGGACUUAAAGAGAAAGCCGAAAGUAAAAAGAAAAGCGAUAAUAAAGGAGAAAAGAAGAGAAGGGCAUUUACGUCAAAGUAAAAAAUCAACGGCAAGGGAGAAGAUUUGUCGUUGUUGUCGAAGUCCAAAUCACGAGCCUCUUUCUGGCAAAUCGCGCCACCCUCCUAUCUCCUCCGAUGUAGCAUUUCAACGUUCUUUUUUUUUUUUCUCUCUCUCUUUGAUACUCUAUUAAUAAAGGAGAAUUAGUAAUUAGAGCAACGUAGAAAAUAAAAAUUAAAUCAAAUGCAAAUUUGAAAUCGUCUGAGAUUUUUUUCUCGCUCAUUUUUUUCCCCAAUGGCCGCUAAAUCGAUCGAGGAGGAAAAACCAUUCUUAUCAGGGAUGGUAGAUGGAAGCUCCAAUUUACCAGUCAACAUUUCAUGCAUUGAGUUGAUUAAGCCAAGCUUUGAUGAAACCGAUCAGCAUUGUUCUCUCGAUGUCUUGCCCAUUAUAAUAGAGGAGACUUCAUUUCCAGUAAGAGAAAAAUGCAGCUUAAGCACUCCACAUGGCCAGGACGUCUAUAGCAUUUCUGUUUUGCCUGAGGAAGGAAACACGAGUCCAAAAUUUACACCAAAGUUAACUUUUUUGAGCCUUGUAGAAGUUCCAUUUUCAUCUAGAAAGCAGAUGUCUUUGGAUGCGCAAUUGAGUUGCCAGAACUGCAUUGAUUUGAAAGUGGAUAGUGAAGAUGACUAUUCAUCUUGUAUUCUGGAUAUAAACAUUGAGAAAGGGACUCCUGACAUACUUAAAUCCAGUGAUGAAACUGUUGGAAAUUCAAAAAGUGAAGGCGUAGUGACACAUUUGCAGAAGGUGUUGCAGAGACAAGCAAGCCUAAUUGUAGACAAAUCAUCGACUGAGAGGGUUCAUGAUGCACCAACAAACAGAUGGAGAAGAUAUAAACGAGCUGCUUCAUUUGACUCAAGGAAAAUUGUCCUCCAUUUCUCAAUCUUGUCAAUUGUGGGGACAUUGAUAUUGAUUUAUCUGACGCUGAGGGUUAGACAAACUAGCGAUGGGUUCAAUCAUGUCUAGCACCUUCGCAUUGGUCACCUUCAAAUUUAUGCUUGAACUAGUUUUUCUCGAAAUUUCUCGAGAACUAUUGUCUUGAGAACUGCUGCUUUUAAGUUUAGCUUUUCAAUGCUAAUAUAUAUAUAUUUUUUGAGUUUCCACUGUAAGUAUGACUAGUGAUUCGGCAAUGCAGCAUCUCUUAUCACUGCCUAGUGAGUCUACAAUAUUGGGGAUCGAGGAAUGUAGCAAUCGACUAGUAUAGGAACAGAAACCUAGAGGGCAAUUUGGGUUAAAGGACUAAAGCCAAGAGUUUCCUAAAUCCUCGUCGUUGUCCCGUUCUUAGGCCAAAAGGCUCCCUAAAGGAAAGUACCUCAUUGUAAACCAAGAGGAUGCCUAACGUGUUUAGCUAGUUGCUAGUUGGUAUUGAGUUACUGCAAGGACUGAUGUUAUAUCAACUUUUGGCAUGUUCUUAGGGCGGUUGUUGAAGAUACUUCACUUGAACUUGUAAUGAUAAUUAUAACAUCGAAUUUGGUCCCAACAUCAGGAAUCUUAUAACAGCAACACCGUAAACAGUAAGACCUAAGAACGAGGAUUACUCCAAAAAUAGCGUAUCCUUUCUUGGGCC